AUGAGCUUGAACGCACUGUCUGCAUCAAGCGUCACUGAACAUAAACAGGGCAACACACUAACCGAAGGCCACAGUCUUGACACCAGGCGCACAAUGCUGGACCUGAACACAACGAAGAAACAAUCAUCUGUGUGCAUUGAGCGGCCUGGAUUCAGACAUCACAAGAAGGAGAGCUAUGUGUGUCAUUCACCUGUGUCUCAGCACAGCUCGGACAGUGGAGAUGAGUGCAUUCAGUUCCGGAAACUGAAUGGUUCACCUGGUGACUGUCCUAGUCGCCAAAGUCUGCAUAAGGAGCUACUGCUCACCCAUAAGAGAGGCCUGUUGUUGGAGGAGAAGCCAGAAUUGCAGCGCGUGUUACAGCAGAGGAGACUUGAUCUGCACAGAGAGCAGGAACUUGCCCUUCAACCUCCUUCAGACCUGGAACAGGAGCUUCGCAAGAGACAGCAGAAAAUGCAGGAGUAUGAGAUGGAGGAACAGAGGCGCCUUGAGGAUGAGAAAAAUGUCCCAGAAUUUGUACGAGUGAAGGAGAAUCUGCGCCGCAUACAGUUGACCGAAAGCAACUAAUGGAUCUGUGGAGGGAAAAAAAAAAUGCCUUGGAAUUUUUUUAUGUCUGUUUUCAUAUUAAAAUAAUAGGAUGUUUUGGAUGUUGGGAAGUGUCAAAUGGCUGUUUAGUAAUGAGGCACUGUAUUUAUUGUUACAAUAAAAUACUAUA